AUGGUAGCUCUGGAUUAUGAAAAAAGAAUUAUUAAGGAAGCUGAACAACAACUUUCUUCCAUGACAGAGGCCAUUGCUACAACGUUAGGUAAGGAGUAAUACGAGCUCACGUGGUUUAUAUCUUAACUACAUGAAAAAGAUUAACCCAUUGUUCGCCAUUGCUCUCCCUUUCGCGACUAAAUAAAAUUCAUUGUGAGUCUGGCAACCGACAACGACGAUGGCACAUAUAUACAAAACGAAAGUACUUAUACUUUUGUAUUCGCGCCAAACAUAAGCGUAUGCGCCUGGGGGGGGGGACACCCCCCAAAAAUUUUUUACGAUCGGAUAGAAAUCCAUGCGUCAUUCGGGCAAAACAUAAAAAUUUCGGAAAAAUUAUGUUAUGUCCGGAAAAGUUUUGGUAUGUGUGCGAAAUCUUAUGAUUUACAGGUAUAAACUAUUAUAAGCUGGCCGUUGAGAAAGAUCGUAACUCUAUUUUUACGACUAUAUGGAAACCAGACUUUAGAAAUCACCCUGGAACAAAAAAGUUAUGAAGAUUAUCUCUGAGAUAGAUUUUUUAAAUGCAAGAAAUGCCACUGUACUUCUAUUGUCUUUAGUUUCAAAACAUUUUGUCAGUCCCUGUGGCAUUUAUAGUUCAUAUUUGGCUGGAGAAAAUCGAGAAGGGAAACGCUCGAGUCAAGUGAGCCCUCUUGGGAAGGUUUGAAGUGUGCUGUGCUGUUAUGUUACUACCUUAAAAAACAAGUGGAAACUCAACGUUUCGGGCGAAGGCCCUUCGUCAAGAGUUAGUCGUGUGCCACUUUUCUUCUGGUAAUUUUUUCGAAAUUCUUUUAUUCGCUCUAGGAAACACGACCGCGGAACUGCGAGAACAAGACGAGAAAAGAAAGGAAGAACAUGCGGCGGUAGUAGAGGAUCUUGAGGAGAUCAAGGCGAAGACUGUGGAUACCUGGGGAUAUAUUGGUAUGUUAAAUAUACAUUUAAAAGACAGCAUGAAACCGCAAAUCAUACCAGGUGAUCUCGUGUUCGUAUUUUAGCCAAUCAGCGCUCAGAAAGGGUUGUCCGAAUAGAAAUCCAUUUUGAUGUAUUCAAUCAAUUAUAUCUUUCGUUAUUCUUUAUGAAACUAGUUGAAAUUUUGUAAUUAUGUUUGGUUAUGAGAACUAUAGCUCUGACAAAAAUAUGGAAUCGAAAUAAAGUAUAUUACAGGAGAUAUUCAGUUGUUUUAAUCAUAAAAUGGAUUUCUAUUUGACAACUAGUGCCAGUACUUUUCCGCGUAUCAAGAUCACCUGGCUAAUGAGGAAAGAACAAUCGUUUUCUGUUCUUUCCACGUUAUUCCCGCAUAAUUCAAUAUCAGUGAACUCAAUGUUUUUAACACUAAAAAUGUUAACAAAAUUGGACCUAUUCCCUAAUGAACAAAAUUUUGAUCUAGACAAAUCUAGACAAAAAUUUCAUCACAGUUUGAAAGAGCAUCACAAAAUUAGUAAUAUUCCAAAGUUUCGUUGCGAAAUGUUCUAAAAUACGGAUAAUAUUAUACCAUUAUUAUAAUAUAGCCCUGCGAAGUUUGUUUUCAGUCAUUUUGUAUUAUGCGCGGGAAAUUGAUACCUUUUUUCAGAAAGCGGUAUCAAUUUCCCGUGCGUAAUACAAAAUGACUGAAAAACGGCAAACUUCGCAGGGCUAUAUUAUCCGCAUUUGACAACAUUUCGCAACGAAACUUCGGAAUAUUACUAAUUUUGUGAUGCUCUUUCAAGCUGUGAUGAAGAUUGUCCAGAUCAAAAUUUUGUUCAUUAGGGAAUAGGUCCAUUGAUUUUCCUUGUUAUUUUUUUUUCUAUUAAAAGGAUUGUAAUGGGUCUUAAAGGCUGAACUGUGCCUUUAACUGAUAACAAAAUAUGUGGUAGAUUCCUGCUUUACUAUAUAUAUGCUCAUGAUAACAUUUUUUCACAACAGAUGAAAAGACGAGCGCGAUUCGUGAACGCCAAGAUGAAACUUUAGAUCAUCAUGAGAAUAUCAUAGAAAAUUUACACCGAUUGAAUGACACCAUUGGAUUCAUUAUAAAAGUAAGUAGCCGAAAUUCUGUUCUACAAAAUGACUGGUAUUCGUAUUCAUAUACCUGGAAAUCUGACUCCAGGCAAGUUUUUUGCUUGAGUAAUUUUGUUUCAUUUUUUUGUUCAAUUUACGUGGGCGUGUCAACAAGUUGUAACAAUGCUGUUAAUUUGUCAAGUUGCUGCAAAGUUGUCACUCGCAACUCGUUGACAAAUUGUUGAAUUGCAGGACGAUAACAAGUUGUUGAAACAACUUGUAACAAGUCUGUUAAGUUCAACAAUUUUGUGACAAGUUGUCAACAAGCCGUUAACAACUUGUCAACAAGCUGGGAACAAGCAGUGCGAACACAUUCUGUUGACAAGUUGUUGGAACAGCAUUGCUAUACUACGCACGUAAAAACGCACAAGUUGUUGCAGGUCUGCAAACAAGUUGUUACAAAUCUGCUCGCAAGUUGUCGACAAGUUGUCUUCGCACUACUUGUUCCCAGUUGUUGUAACAAGUUUGGGACAAGCUGUUAACAACUUGUAACAAGCUUGAUAACAUUAUCAGACUUGUCAUAAGGUUGUUCUAACAAGUUUGAUACAGAUACAACAAGAAUGUUACAAGGUUGACGAUACAAGGUUGUAACAAUAUUGUUAUAUCACGGCUGUAUCGGACUUGUUGGAACAACCUUGCAACACGUCUGAUAACAUCAACAAGGUUGUUUCAACUGUUAACAAGUUGUUACAAACUUGUUAACAACUUGGGACAAGCAGUGCGAACACAACUUGUUGACGGCUUGUUGGCAGACUUGCUACAAGAUGUGAGACUUUUGCGUGUGUACAAGUCCUCUGCAGGUUUGUUACAACUUGUGCGUUUCUAAGUGUGUGGGUGGUACAGUAUUUAAAAAGCCUUUCUAAUCCUCAAUUCUUACCCAGUCUAUUAAAGAUUUUGAAGCAAGAUUCGACGUCCGCCUAUCCUGGUUGGCCAGUCAAUUCGGGGGCGCUGAGAACCGGCUUGGUUGCCUAACCACGUGUUUCGGUCAUUUUCUGUUCUUCGUCGCCAUGACGAUGUUCGUGCUCUUCAUCAAUGGUCCUACUAUAUCCCGCGUGUUCACUCUUAUCCUCGUACCAUUCAACGCUUGGGUUGAGAUCAAGCUCAUGGCGGGAAUGUCGUAUAUGACGAUGACCAUGCUGAUAUUAGCUGUCGUCAUUGGUGAGUGCUAAAACUGUAUUGGGUUCCCAGUAAAGGGCUUUUUGACAGAAGUAGGCGGCUAGCUAUGUCGGGGGGAAGAGGGGGGGUUCGAGGACGAUCAGAUAUAAAACACGAGACGACAGCCGAGUGUCUUAUAUUUUAAGCCAUUUAAAACAUUCGCAGUCCUCCGUGGUUUAUCAGAUAUACAGUCAAACCGGAUGUUCCCUUGCGAGCAUCAUUGCAAUAUUGUCCCACAAUAUUGCAAUUUUGUUAGGCAGAUUGCCCCGAGAAAUUUGCAGCCGACACGAACAAAUUGCAGGUUGAAAUUCACAAAAGGUUUGUAAACAAAGCCUCUGAUUGGACUAUAAGAAAGGGGCAAGCACCAAUCCAGUUGCUCAGACUAUUUGAUUGGCUGGCUUCCCUCUUUCUUAUAAUCCAAUCAGAGGCUUUCUUUACAAAUCUUUGGUGAAUUUCCAACGUGCAAUUUGUUCGCGUCGGUUGCAAUUUGCUGAGAGCAAUCUGCCUAUCAAAAUUGCAAUAUUGUGGGACAAUAUUGCAAUGCUGCUCGCACGAGAACACCCGGUUUCACUGUAAGUUAUAUCUGAUAAAACCACGGACUGGGAAUAUUUUAAAUGGCUUAAAAAACGACCAUCUUAUGAGUUCAUUGGCGAAGUAAUUUUUAAAAAAUCAACGUUGUCUAUGCCUAGAAAAUCAAGCUAAAAUUUGUGUAAAUGAACAUGAUUUUUUAUCACAUAUAAGCAGUGAUUUCCUUCGUCUUUUUCUCAUGAAUUAUUAAUAUUUAAGACGCUUCCUCGAAACGUCGAAAUUCUCCUUACAGUAUCUUUCAGGUAGCCGUAUCCAUGUCAAUCCGAAGCUUUCGUAGAAUUGCCAUCCAUCCCGGCGCAGAAGCCGUUAUUUGGAUGCGCAGUCGCGACUCUGAAAAAUUUACUCUUAUUAUUAUACAUUGUAGUUGGUAAAAGCAAUUUGAUUGGCUAAGAGCUUACAGUUAAAUCGCGCAAUCACGCAACCUACACAAAAUUCAGUUAUCUGCUAGCAGAUAACUCAGUUAUCUGCUAGCAGAUAACUGAAUUUUGUGUAGGUUGCGUGAAAUUGAAUGAGUGUACAUUUCAAAUGAGUGUACAUUUCAAUUUUCAAAUGAAUGUACAUUUCAUAAUUGUAAUGUUUACUUUAACAAGUAAAUAUUUUAAUACGUUAACAUCUUAACGAUAAUAUGUUUCUUUUAUAUUUGUAAUUAAUUUAACUGCUGGACUUCCGGAGACUUGUUUAUAGAAACGUUUUACUUGAACAGCUUUGCCAGAAAUCAUAUUGAAUAUAACGCUUACCGAGACCUUGAUAAUUUUGCAUAUCGCAAAAACCGAAUUCAAUAAUUGUUUUAUUAUACAUUUGAAGAAUAAUAAACAUAGUAUUAAAAUACUAUGUUUAUUAUUCUUCAAAUGUAUAAUAAAACAAUUAUUGAAUUCGGUUUUUGCGAUAUGCAAAAUUAUCAAGGUCUCGUACCUCGACCUUGAUAAUUCCGCAUAUCACAAAAACCUCAUCCAAUAAUUGUUAAUUAUUUUCAAUGCUUCCAAAUCAAUUUAUAAUGACUGAGCGGCGUAAAUGGAUGAUUCCAACUACACUGCACUAAAUUUUGAUCUCGGCAAGAAGAACAAGAUCCAUCACCGCAGCUAGUUAGAGCAUGUUAAAAUUAGUAAAAUUGCAAUGUUUGGCCGCGAAAUGUUGUAAACUGCGGAAAAUAUAGCCGGCCUUGCGAAAUUUGCAAAUUUGGGUGCAUUUGCCGUGCGUAAUACAAAUUGCCGAAAGUGGUGCAUUUGCCGAAAGUGGUGCAUUUCCCGUGCGUAAUACAAAUUAAUACAAAAUUUGCAAAUUUCGCAGGGCUAUAUAUAUGUUCCUCAUUUUACAACAUUUCGCAACCAAACUUUGCAAUUUUACUAAUUUUAACAUGCUCUUUCUAGCUGUGGUGAUGGAUUUUGUUCAAAAUUUAGUCUAUAGAUGAAAUCCUCUAUUAUUCCGGUUUCGUUUCCAGGUCAUUACGCAUUCGAAAUCACGCAGAAGAAAGCUGACGCUUUGAAAGCAGGAAUGAAUAAUCUGGAAUUGGGAUCAACGAAGAAUUAUAUUGAUAGCCUGCCCCCACCCGAACCUAUUGGGCCUUGUACACCCUUUCGUGCAGGCGGAGGAAAUUUUUCGUAUUACAAUAACAGUCUCCAAGGUAACAAUGCCGAAUACAACUUUUCCUGUGAUAUUCAGCACAGUGAACUGAUCCAGCAUGACGUUAGCAUGAGUGCUAACCAGACAUCCAGUCACAGUCCAGUAAGCAGAAUGUUACAUUGGUUUUUCAUUGUUUUAAAAAUCCCGCUAUUCUCUAUGUCAUCGAAUCACGAUCCAACGAUCGCAAUGUUCCAUUGUCUUUUCAUUCGUUUGAAAAUCCCAUUGUUGAAUGUUCUCCAUGCCAUCCAGUCACAAUCCAAUUAUCGUAAUUCCCAUUCUCUUUUAAUUCUUUUGAAAAUUCCACUGUUCUCCAUGCCAUCCAGUCAUGAUCCACAGAUCCAGUAAUCGCAAUGUUCCAUUGUCUUUUCAUUCUUUUGAAAAUCCCAUUGUUCUCCAUGCCAUCAGGAUCCAUUUCCAAAUGGUCUAUUUUCAGCAAAUUAUUUGAGUUCAUUUGAUCACCAUCGGGUUGUUUUCAUUUUUCCUUUAGAGCCAAACUUACCGCGAUCAAGUUCUUGGGCUUGUGAGUUCAAUCGUUCGUCGACGCCUAAUCCUAGCCAUGCUCCUCAUCAUUCUCCCUCGGUUACGUUCAACACGGCCGAGGCAGACAACGCUAAACGUCAUCUUAACCUGACCGCUGAACAGUCUACCAACACCACUAUCUCCACUACCAUGAUGAGUACACCUUCAAAACGCAAUCUCGUUACCAGAAGAUGUGGGGCGCAGACCAAACAAGGAUCCGCCUGCAAACGAAAAGUCAGCAGAACCGCUAUUGCUUGUGAGCAACACCGUACUUGAUGUAAUAUAACUGUAUACCUAGUGUUAGGUAGCAAUUGUUGACGCAGCCUAAUGUUUCUAUAUUAACAUAAAUAUCGCGCAACAUUAAUUAAAGUGUAAAAUAUGUAUCAUGUUGUAAAUCAUAUACAAAAAUGUAAAUAAAGAUUGCUUUCAAACCAAAAAGUUAUGCUUGCUUUUAGCAUUCGAAGGCAGUGUUGCCGGAGUAUUUGAGGCCAGACAAAAAUUAGUUUCUUGAAUUAAAAUUAGACGCGUAGGCUCCUGUAGCAGAGACUUGAAUUUGGGCCACCCUGGAAAUUGUCUUUUUGGAAUCUAUAUAUAACCAAUAGGCUUUCCGUCGAUGCCUUACUCUUGCAUCACUGGACUUGUCCGUGGGGGUAAACGGCAGGUUUUUCCAGCUGUGUAAUCGAAAAAAAACGUGAAAGUUAAUAUUAUACUGUUUCGAGCCAGUUUGUGUUCUAUUGAAUUUCAAGGCCGCUGUAGCAAAAACUUGAAUUUGUCACGGUCUAAAAAUUGCAUUGUUGGAAUUUACGGUCAAUAGGCUUUCUGCUGAUGCCUCGUUCUUGCAUAACUAGAGAGUCCGUGGACAUAAAAAGCAAGUUUUUCCAGCUGCAUGUGUAACCGAAAAGGACGUGAAAGUUAAUAUUAUGCGCUUUCGAACCUUAUGUUCUAUUGAAUUUCAAGGCUCCUAUAGCAGAGACUUGAAUUUGGGCUGGUAUGAAAAUUGUAUUUUUGGAAUCUAUCACCAAUAGGCUUUUUGCCGAUGCCUUAUUCGUGCAUCACUAGACUUAUCCGUGGAGGUAAACGGCAGAUAUUCCACCUGUGUAAUCGAAAAAGACGUAAAAGUUAAUAUUAUGCGCUUUCGAACCUUAUUUUCUAUUGAAUUUCAAGGCUCCUGUAGCAAAAACCUGAAUUUGGCACGGUCUGAAAAUUGUAUUUUUGGAAUCUGCGGUCAAUAGGCUUUCUGUUGAUGCCUCGUUCUUGCAUAACUAGAGAGUCCGUGGACAUAAAAAGCAAGUUUUUCCAGCUGCAUGUGUAAUCGAAAAAGACGUGAAAGUUAAUAUUAUGCGCUUUCGAACCUUAUGUUCUAUUGAAUUUCAAGGCUCCUGUAGCAGAGACUUGAAUUUGGGCUGGUAUGAAAAUUGUAUUUUUGGAAUCUAUCACCAAUAGGCUUUUUGUCGAUGCCUUACUCGUGCAUAACUAGACUUGUCCGUGGAGGUAAACGGCAGGUUUUUCCACCUGUGUAAUCGAAAAAAACGUGAAAGUUAAUAUUAUGCUGUUUGGAACCAUGUGUUCUGUUGAAUUUCAAGGUCCCUGUAGGAAAAACUUGAAUUUGGCACGGUCUGAAAAUUGUAUUUUUGGAAUCUACGGUCAAUAGGCUUUCUGUUGAUGCCUCGUUCUUGCAUAACUAGAGAGUCCGUGGACAUAAAAAGCAAGUUUUUCCAGCUGCAUGUGUAAUCGAAAAAGACGUGAAAGUUAAUAUUAUGCGCUUUCGAACCUUAUGUUCUAUUGAAUUUGAAGGCUCCUGUAGCAGAGACUUGAAUUUGGGCUGGUAUGAAAUUUGUAUUUUGGGAAUCUAUGACCAAUAGGCUUUUUGUCGAUGCCUUACUCGUGCAUAACUAGACUUGUCCGUGGAGGUAAACGGCAGGUUUUUCCACCUGUGUAAUCGAAAAAAACGUGAAAGUUAAUAUUAUGCUGUUUGGAACCAUGUGUUCUGUUGAAUUUCAAGGUCCCUGUAGGAAAAACUUGAAUUUGGCACGGUCUGAAAAUUGUAUUUUUGGAAUCUACGGUCAAUAGGCUUUCUGUUGAUGCCUCGUUCUUGCAUAACUAAAGAGUCCGUGGACAUAAAAAGCAAGUUUUUCCACCUGCAUGUGUAAUCGAAAAAGACGUGAAAGUUAAUAUUAUGCGCUUUCGAACCUUAUGUUCCAUUGAAUUUCAAGGCUCCUGUAGCAGAGACUUGAAUUUGGGCUGGUAUGAAAAUUGUAUUUUCGGAAUCUAUCACCAAUAGACUUUUUGUCGAUGCCUUACUCGUGCAUCACUAGAUUCGUCCGUGGAGGUAAACGGCAGGUUUUUCCACCUGUGUAAUCGAAAAAAUCGUGAAAGUUAAUAUUAUGCUGUUUCGAACCUUGCGUUCUAUUGAAUUUCAAGGCCCCUGUAGGAAAAACUUGAAUUUGGCACGGUCUGAAAAUUGUAUUUUUGGAAUCUACGGUCAAUAGGCUUUCUGUUGAUGCCUCGUUCUUGCAUAACUAGUGAGUUCGUGGACAUAAAAAGCAAGUUUUUCCAGCUGCAUGUGUAAUCGAAAAAGACGUGAAAAUUAAUAUUAUGCUGUUUCGAACCUUGUGUUCUAUUGAAUUUCAAGGCCCCUGUAGGAAAAACUUGAAUUUGGCACGGUCUGAAAAUUGUAUUAUUGGAAUCUACGGUCAAUAGGCUUUCUGUUGAUGCCUCGUUCUUGCACAACUAGAGAGUCCGUGGACAUAAAAAGCAAGUUUUUCCAGCUGCACGUGUAAUCGAAAAAGACGUGAAAGUUAAUAUUAUGCGUUUUCGAACCUUAUGUUCCAUUGAAUUUCAAGGCACCUGUAGCAGCGACUUGAAUUUGGGCUGGUAUGAAAAUUGUAUUUUUGGAAUCUAUCACCAAUAGGCUUUUUGUCGAUGCCUUACUCGUGCAUCACUAGAUUUGUCCGUGGAGGUAAACGGCAGGUUUUUCCACCUGUGUAAUCGAAAAGAACGUGAAAGUUAAUAUGCUGUUUCGAACCUUGUGUUCCAUUGAAUUUCAAGGCCCCUGUAGGAAAAACUUGAAUUUGGCACGGUCUGAAAAUUGUAUUAUUGGAAUCUACGGUCAAUAGGCUUUCUGUUGAUGCCUCGUUCUUGCAUAACUAGAGAGUCCGUGGACAUAAAAAGCAAGUUUUUCCAGCUGCACGUGUAAUCGAAAAAGACGUGAAAGUUAAUAUUAUGCGCUUUCGAACCUUAUGUUCUAUUGAAUUUAAAGCUCGUGUAGCAGAGACUUGAAUUUGGGCUGGUAUGAAAAUUGUAUUUUUGGAAUCUAUCACCAAUAGGCUUUUUGUCGAUGCCUUAGUCGUGCAUCACUAGACUUGUCCGUGGAGGUAAACGGCAGGUUUUUCCACCUGUGUAAUCGAAAAAAACGUGAAAGUUAAUAUUAUGCGCUUGUCACUUUUUCAAAAAUUAAAUAAGCGGCGAAAAUGGACGAAAAGUUAAGGCUAUAGCCUUCCUUUUUUGCCAUUUUUUUGACACCUUUUCAAAAUGAAAUAAGCGGCGAAAAAUGAACGAAAAGUUAAGGCUAUAGUCUUACUUUUUUGUCAUUUUUGCCACUUUUUGAAAAGGUUCCUGGCGCUGAGGACAAGGUUCCAGGCGCUGAGGACAAGGUUCCUGAUGCUGAGGACCAGGUUCCUGACGGUGAGGACAAGGUUCCUGGUGUGGUUCCCGUGUGA